ACUUUGCCGCUUCCUUCAGGGUCUCAUCUCCAUUCUCUGUUUCUUCUCUCACGCCGCCGUUCGCCGUUCGCCGUUCCCUGAGAGAUGGCCAAGUCGAAGAAUCACACGGCGCACAAUCAGUCCCACAAAGCCCAUAAGAAUGGCAUCAAGAAACCAAGGAACCAUCGCCACACUUCCACCAAAGGGAUGGAUCCGAAGUUCCUUAGGAAUCAGAGGUACGCCAAGAAACACAACAACAAGAGUGCUGAUACCGCUUCUGAGGAAUAGUGAAGUAGAACGCCAUGAACUGGAAAUUUUAGGGUUUCUGUGAUUUAAGUUUGUUUCGUUUUCUCUCUUUUUUGUUGAGUAGUCUUGGAUUUUUAAGCAUUAUUUUUUCUUUCUGGCUUCUAAUGUUCUCAAUCUUGCUGCAUACCAAUGACUUAUAGAUUUAGGUUAUGUUUGUUUGGUAAUGUGGGAUGAGAGUUACAAAUAUUGGCAAUAUAAAUUUAAACUUGGAUUUAACUUCCCA